CGACGUCGAACGGGACUGUUUGUUCUGGAUUUGGGGCGAGGAAGGUCCGCGAGCGCUGACAACCGACUGAAGAAGGUGUGACGCUCAUUCCUCUCUCUGUGUGUUGUGGUUUUCCUGCACCCACAACGUGUCACUGACAAACCUCCGGUGUUACCUCAGGAAAUCGCCACCUCACCAACUGAGAUAUGAUCACUCAAUUGGAUUAGACCACAGCUGCACAGCAACAAACAUAGAGUCCAGUGAGGAGUGUAAUGGCCUGAGGGGGGUUCCACCGGUCCCACCUGCCCCUGCCAGGUCCAAUCUACCUAAACUGUCUGCUCAGCCACUGCAACCCACCGCCACAAUGGGAGACGGACUGGAAGCAGGCAGCAGCCAGAACCCUCCCUCCGCCCCACCACCCCUCCUCUUCAACCCUCCACCUCCUGAAGUAUGGAAUGCCACCAAACCCAAACGACAGACCAACCAGCUACAGUACCUGCUAAAAGAAGUGUUGAAGUCAUUAUGGAAACACAACUUUGCAUGGCCCUUCCAAGCUCCUGUAGAUGCCAUCAAACUCAAUUUGCCUGACUACUAUAAGAUCAUCAAGACCCCUAUGGACAUGGGCACGAUAAAAAAACGUCUAGAGAACAACUACUACUGGAAUGCCCAAGAGUGUAUCCAAGACUUCAACACAAUGUUCACAAACUGCUACAUCUACAACAAGCCUGGGGAUGAUAUUGUCCUAAUGGCAGAGGCCUUGGAGAAGCACUUUCUUCAGAAGAUCACAGAGAUGCCGCAGGAAGAGACAGAGAUUGCUGUGGUUGCCAAGGGACGCAGAGGGGGCAGACGAGAGUCAGCCCUGAUCACCAAGUCUGAUUCAGGCCAAGACUCGUCGUCCCCCUCCACCACCCCGCACACUCGAGGCUUCUCAUCACCUUCAACCACCCCACAGUCCCGUGCUGUACCCACCCCUCAAGGCCCUCCUUCCCUGGCUCUGGCCCAUCCCCAUCCCCAUCCCCAUCCCCAGCCCCAACAGCAGCUCCAGCUCCAGCUCCAGCCCCAGCUCCAGCCUCAGCCCCCACCCCCACGCGUGCCUCCGACACCCACCUCCCAUGCACCCCAUUUAGGACCUCCAUUUCCCCUCUCAACACCUGACGUCCUGGCCCAGGGCAUGACCUCAGUUCCCCCUUCAGCCCCGACGCACCCAGGCCUCCAUCCUGCCCCGAUGCUGCAGAGCUCCCCUGCCCUCAUUAAGCAAAGGAAGAGCCAGAAGCGGAAAGCAGACACCACCACACCCACAGCCAACGACCAACUCAGUGAAUCAUCUCCUGUCUCUGCUGAGACCCGGCCACGCAGAGAGAGCAGUCGCCCAUCUAAGCAACCUAAAAAAGACACGUUUCAGCCGGACUCUCAGCAUCACCUGGGAGGUGGUUUGGAGAUUGGAGAGACGGUUACGCAGAAGCGGCAGGAUCAGUUGCGUUUCUGCGCACGCCUCACCAGAGAGAUGCUGUCUAAGAAACAUGUAGCAUACGCCUGGCCCUUCUACAAGCCCGUCGAUGUAAAAGCCCUUGGCCUCCACGACUACCAUGACAUUAUCAAGCACCCCAUGGAUCUCAGCACCAUCAAGAAAAAGAUGGACAACAGACAGUACAGAGACGCUCAAGAAUUUGCAGCAGACGUCCGGUUGAUGUUCUCAAACUGUUACAAGUACAAUCCCCCAGACCACGAUGUGGUUGCCAUGGCGCGCAAAUUGCAGGAUGUGUUUGAGAUGCGUUUUGCCAAAAUGCCUGAUGAGCCAGAGGAGCCCGUCCCUGUUCCCACCCCAUCGUCGGCCCUCCACCCUGCCCCCUCCACUCGACAAGCCCCGCCUCCUUCUGCUGUCUCGGAAGAUGAUAGCUCCAGUUCCUCUGAAUCGGAGUCCUCCGGGGGAGACUCAGAACAAGAAAGGCAACAGCGAUUGGCUGAGUUACAGGAACAGCUUAAAGCUGUCCAUGAACAGCUGGCAGCACUCUCCCAGCCUCAGGCCAGCAAGCCCAAGAGGAAAGAGAGGGAGAAGAAGGAGAAGAAGAAAGAAAAGCACAAGAAAAAGACGGGAGCAGAGGAACCUGUGGAGACCCCUCCCUCUGUGGCGCUUCAGACUUCUAAGAAAAACAAGAGCAGCAAGGAGCUGAUCAUUGCAAAGAAGGACAGGAAAAAGCCCGGUAAGAAAGAAGGAGUUAAAAAUAGCCGCCCAGCUGUGCCGCCUCAGCCUGGACCAACCCCUCUCGUCCCCUCGGCCUCUCUUGAAGCAGAGGAUGACAUGGAUGUAUUUGGGGCCAUGUCCACUGACAGGUGCAAGCCGAUGUCGUACGAGGAGAAGCGCCAGCUGAGCCUGGACAUCAACAAGUUGCCCGGUGACAAACUGGGUCGUGUCGUGCACAUAAUCCAAACACGUGAGCCUUCGCUGAAGAACUCCAACCCAGACGAGAUUGAGAUCGACUUCGAGACUCUGAAGCCCUCCACACUGAGAGAGCUGGAGAAAUACGUCUCCAGCUGCCUCAAGAAGAAGAAAAAGCCGUCAGUAGAGAAGCCUCUGGAAUCAACAAAUGUCGUAAAGAUGAAGACAGGAUCCUCAUCUUCAGACAGCAGCGACUCCUCUGAUAGUGAAGAUUCUGAGAAUGGGCUGGUUCCCAAGCAGCAGAAGAAGACCUCGUCUAACAAAGACACCAAGAGAUCGCACCAGUCUCUCAGUAGUGGAACGGGCCCAGUUGUUCCUCAGCCUCAGAUUCAGCCUCAAGUGGUCCAGUGCAAACCCGCAUUUGUCCCACCUCCCCCUGUCCACGUUUCUGUCCCGUCUCUGGACUCGUCCCAGCUGUUGAGCUCUGGAUUUGAUCCUUUGGCUCAAUUCAUGAACCCUCAUCUGACACAGUCGAACUCAGAGCCCAAUCCAACCAUUACUGCUGCCGGUACCACCGUCGUGUCUGGCCUCCUCAACGCAAACACACCCACCGGCCAGACGGUCACUGAGACGCACCCUUUCCUAAACCAACAUCCCAUCAUACCUUCACCAGCAAUUCACAAUGCUCUUCCCCAGCAACCAUCAAGACCCAGCAACCGAGCAGCCCCUCUUCCUCCAAAAAUCUCCCAGCCUCCCCCGUCCUCGCUCCCCUCCCUGCCUCCAUCCUCGUCACCCCAGCUUCAGCCCUCGCUUCCCCUCACUCUCCCUCAGCCUGUCCCGCGUCCCCGCGUCCCUUCACCUCCAUCGCACGGCAUCUUGGGUACACUCUCAGCGCAACCUCCCCAAGCCCUGCUGGAGGAUGACGAGGAGCCAACACCCACCAGUUCUGAUAUCCCACCCCUCAGUCAAGUUCACACCUUCUUGCAGUCGCUUCAGGCUCGACCCACCACGCAGACGCAGCAGCCACUGCACGCGCACACACAUUCACCUGCGCAGGUCGCCUCUCAGCUGGUGCCGUCGAUGCACACACAGGCUGUGACAACACCCACCCCUCCCCUGGCGCAGAGACACAGCUCAAGCCACGCUCACAUGCGGCAGCCGUUCCCACAUACGCACACGUCAGCGUCACAGCAGCAGAAGGGGGUGGCCCUGCAGCAGAAGGUACAACAGAUGCAACAACAUCAACAGCAGCCAUCACCACGCAGCAAGGCAGAGCCUUUCUCAACAGGUUGCCUGCGUGAGAGCCCCUCACCCCUGAUGAUGCACUCUCCUCAAAUGCCUCAGUUCCAUACAAUGGGACAGCAGUCACCCUCACAGACCAAGAAACAUGAGCAGAGGUCCAACCUGGGUGGGGUCAAAGAAGAGAAGCCUUCCCAUUCGCCAGUUCUGCCCCCCUCGCCCUUCAGCCCUCUCAUGCGUCAAGAUUCACACAAACCCGACAACAAACACAGAUUAGAUCUGAAGUCAAUGGAUGGUUCGCGCCCCGGUUCCCGUCUCCCAGACUCCCCAGCACCACCCUGCCCCCAGCAAGACAACAAAAUCAAGCAAGAGCCCAAAACUCCUAUUGCCCCCAAGAAGACACAGGAUGUGAAGUUAAAGAACAUGGGUUCUUGGGCCAGCCUGGCUCAGAGGUCCCAGUCCACGCCGGCCUCCUCCGUGCGCUCUUCCAGCGACAGCUUCGAACAGUUCAGACGGGCCGCCAGGGAGAAAGAGGAGAGAGAGAGACAGCUGAAAGCACAGGCUGAACAGGCCAGGAGAGAACAAGAAAAGCUACGCCGUGACGACGAGGACACCAUAGAGCAGGCUCGUCGAGCGCAAGAAGAUGCCCGCCGUCGCCAAGAGCAACACUCGCCGCUUGCUCCAACGCCUCCGGCUUCCACCCCACCCACUCACUCCCCGCAGGCUCCACCCACACAGCAACAAGCCCCGCCCCCGCCCUCCUCGGCUGCACAGAACACUCCUGACCAGCAGAGGGAGAUGGCGCGCCGCCGCGAGCAGGAGCGGCGUAGAAGAGAGGCGAUGGCGGACACCAUUGACAUUAACUUCCAGAGCGACCUGAUGGCCAUCUUUGAAGAGAAUCUGUUCUGAGAGGGAAAAAGCAGAUGAUGGCAGUGAGAGAAGGACCUAUAGACACACAUACACAAAUUUACAGACAUUUACAUAUAAACCACGAUGCUCUGAUACACAUGGUCGCUGCUCACAUGAAUGCACCACACACACACACACACACACACACACACACAGACUUAGUAACUGUCCCUUUCUCUCAGUAGUUGAAACAGCUGGCUUGUGUCAUGUGAAUGAGAGGGGGGGAAGUGAAAUUGAAAUAAGCAACCCUCUUUUCCUCCAACCUCAGAUACGUUUUGGUGUCUGGCUUGGUGUUUAUGGUUGUCGGUUCUGAGUCUCCGAGGACAACAGGUCGGAAACGGACAGUGUAAUGAUAAGAUAGUCGGCUCCCUCAAGGAAAACAAGAAAGACAGAAUGAAAAGGAGGGGAUUGAACUUUUUCUUUAAAAAAAAAUGGUGGUGAAAAAGAGGAUUUAAUUUAAGAAAUUGAGUGAAAAACUUAUUAUCUAAUGUCUUGAGAGGAGAGAAGGGGGUUUAAAAGGAACGGGUGAACAAAUUACAAACGUACAGAUCACUUUGUUUUUGGUUUUUUUCCUCUCUUCUAAUCUCGUCUCUUUUAUUAUUUUAUUUUUCUUUUCAUUUUUUUAUUUGAAGAUGGAUUUUAACUGGGAGGGCUGGGCUGGUGUGGUCUAGUUUGUCAGGUUGAGCGUUCAUCUGAGAGUCAAUUGUUUUCUCAGGACGCAGUGGGAACGCAACACCCCGGCCACAUUCACACACUUUUCUAAGACGUCCUUCCUCCCUUCACUUCCAUCUAAUUCUCUCCCUUCAGUCACUAAUUGGAGAAGUGGAGGCUUCGGGUGAUUCUCGGUUGUGAACAUCCGAGGGUAAUGAGGAAGGAACGAUGGCAUUUUAAAAGUUUCAGAGUGUUUCCUUUGCCUUAGCGCUCUGGCCUGUAAACUAACAAUCAUACCCUACAAAUUAUACAUAUUAUAUAUAUAAAUAGAUACAUGAAUAUAUAUUAUAUACGACGAAAAGUCAACGAAAAAGAACACGAGAGGAAUUUGGAUUUCGGGGAGCAAAGCUCGUCUCUGUUCAUCUAUGAGCUCUGGUUUUGAUUUUGUAGAAUUUACUGUAAAGAAGAAAAAAAAACUUUUUUAUGAUUCUAUUGAGAGGAUUGUUUCGUCUGUCUUAUUCUCCUUCAUACCUUCUCUGUUUGUUUGUUUGUUUUUUCUCGACUCUAUGCCAAAACCAAUCUAUUGAGUGCUGAAAGUUCAUUCACAUUUUUUACGUGUAAAAUGCAUCUUCUUUUCACUUUAUAUUAAAGGCUAUGUUUUUAUUGCUAUUUAAUUUUCCUGUAUCCCCUUUAAAUUCCGAAAUUAUGCAGCAAUUUGCUCUGUAAUAGUUUGAAGAAGCGGUUCAAAAAUCACUGUACGCCCCCAUCAUUCUGUAGCUGUUGAAUAUCUGCACUUAACUCUUUCAUUAUUUGCGUCUUAUUUCUUUUUUUUUAGUUUUCUUUCAUGUUUUUAGUCUUUUUUAGCCAUCUUGUCCACCACUCACUUCCUCGCAGCUUCUACACUCUGUACAAUAGGUUUUUGUUUGUCAUCUUUAAGUCUUUUAGUUUUUAUUUUUAAAAUGUUUUCAUCGUCCAUAGUAACUGUUUUGGGAUGUCGUGUGCCAUCGUGUUUUUCUGGAAGCGGGAGGUUUUCCUGGAUUUCUUAGGUCGGCCCUUCUGUUCUUCCAUUCUAUAAUCACAUUAUGUUUCAUUUCAUUUCUUUUCCCUUUUCAUAUUUGAUCGUUUUGAGUUCAUUUUGUUUUCUUUUCCCUUUGCUAUUUUGAUUUAUUUUACCCAGAACAACCUGUUGGUAUGUUGGUGAGUGAGGCAUUGAAGUCAAUAGAUUCAUCUUGUUCAGACUAUGGAGUACAUCAUCUUUUUUUAAGAAAAGUAUUAAAAUGAUAUUUAAAAAACU